UUCCUGCCGAGAAGGAAGGCGAGCCUAGGAGUUCAGACAGCCUGGAGCUCCACGGCUGCUUUUCAGGGUCCUCCACUGGAGGGAGCGCAGAGCCCACAGGGAUUUACUUUUCCAGAGGCCCCAGAGAGCCCCGUCCCUCGUGGCCCCAAACCCCUGAGAAAGUUCGAGUGUGGGAGCCAGACAGUUUGGGUGGCACGUCCGUGCUUGAUACUACGCAAAGACAAGUUGAUUACUGUUGAGGGGCAUACACCCACUUUCUCUUCUCUAUGUCGUCAGAGCUCCAGGGAGGGACCUGGGUAGAAGAGAAGCCGGAAACAGCAGGCUGGGCAGCCACUGCUUGCACUGGAGAGGAAGGCCAGAAGAGGAGUGUGUGUGUGUGUGUGUGUGUGUGUGUGUGUGUGUGUGUGUGUGUGUGUUUACUUUUUGGUGGUAGUGGUGGAGGGGAGUGCUAGCAGGGCCAGCCCUGAACUCACUGGACAGAAUUACAGACCCAUGGGACCAAGGAGUGGCUGCUGAGAGGCCGAAGACCGCAGAGGGGUGCUGAGGCACUCUCCAGACCCCAGAUCAUGUCUCUGUGGAGUCUGGUCUCCAAGGUGUCCCCAGAAAAACUACAGCGGCUCUACGUUGACUUUCCUCAGCACCUAAGGCAUCUCUUAGGUGACUGGCUGGAGAACCAGCCAUGGGAGUUCCUGGUCAGCUCAGAUGCCUUCUGUUGCAACAUGGCAAGCGCCCUACUUUCAGCCACUGUCCAGCGUCUUCAAGCUUCUACAGGAGAGCAGGGAGAAGGAAGCACCAUCUUACAACACAUCAGCACCCUGGAGAGCAUAUAUCAGAGGGAUCCCCUGAAACUUGUUGCCACUUUUAGACAAAUACUUCAAGGAGAGAAAAAAGCUGUUAUGGAACAGUUUCACCACCUGCCAGUGUCCUUCCACUGGAAGCAAGAAGAACUCAAGUUUAAAAUAGACCUGCAGAGGCUGCAGCACCGAACUGGGGAGAUCCGCCUUCUCCGAGAAACAUUGCAUCAAGGAAGUGAAGCUGGACAAGUGUCUCUGCACAGCUUGAUAGAUUCUCCUGCCAAUGGGACUGGGCCAAAUGAGGCUCUGGCCACGCUGCUGCAGGACACCAUUAGGGAGCUGGAAAUGGCUCAGACCCUGCUGCUGAAGAGGAUCCAGAUUUGGAAACGGCAGCAGCAGCUGGCAGGGAAUGGUGCACCCUUUGAGGAGAGCCUGGCCACGCUACAGGAGAGGUGUGAGAGCCUGGUGGACAUUUAUUCCCAGCUACAGCAGGAGUUAGGGGCAGCUGGUGGGGAGCUUGAACACAAGACACGGGCAUCAAUGAUUAGCCGGCUGGAUGAAGUCCUGCAGACCCUCGUCACCAGCUCUUUCCUGGUGGAGAAGCAGCCCCCGCAGGUUCUGAAGACUCAGACUAAGUUCCAGGCAGGAGUUCGGUUCCUGCUGGGCCUGCGGUUUCUGGGUGCUCCAGCCAAGCCUCCACUGGUCAGGGCUGACAUGGUGACUGAGAAGCAGGCAAGGGAGCUGAGUAUGCCCCAGGCACCUGGAGCUGGAACAGAGAGCACUGGGGAGAUCAUCAAUAACACCGUGCCACUGGAGAACAGCAUUCCUGGGAACUGCUGCUCUGCUCUUUUCAAGAACUUGCUCCUGAAGAAAAUCAAACGAUGUGAGCGGAAGGGCACCGAAUCUGUCACCGAGGAGAAGUGUGCGGUUCUCUUCUCCACCAGCUUCAUGCUUGGCCCCAACAAAAUCCCCAUCCAGCUCCAGGCCCUGUCUCUUCCUUUGGUGGUCAUUGUCCAUGGCAACCAAGACAACAAUGCCAAAGCCACUAUCCUGUGGGACAAUGCCUUCUCUGAGAUGGAUCGUGUGCCUUUUGUGGUGGCUGAGCGUGUGCCCUGGGAGAAGAUGUGUGAAACUCUGAACCUCAAGUUCAUGGCUGAGGUGGGGACCAACCGGGGACUGCUCCCAGAGCACUUUCUCUUCCUGGCCCAGAAGAUCUUCAAUGACAACAGCCUUAGCAUGGAAGCCUUCCAGCACCGUUCUGUGUCCUGGUCACAGUUUAACAAGGAGAUCCUCCUGGGCCGGGGCUUCACCUUUUGGCAGUGGUUCGAUGGUGUCCUAGACCUCACCAAACGCUGUCUCCGGAGCUACUGGUCAGACCGGCUGAUCAUUGGCUUCAUCAGCAAACAGUACGUCACUAGCCUCCUUCUCAAUGAGCCCGAUGGAACCUUCCUGCUCCGCUUCAGUGACUCAGAGAUUGGAGGCAUCACCAUUGCUCAUGUCAUCCGGAGCCAGGAUGGUUCACCACAGAUAGAGAACAUUCAGCCAUUCUCUGCCAAAGACUUGUCCAUUCGUUCACUGGGGGACCGAAUUCGAGAUCUUGCUCAGCUCAAAAACCUCUACCCGAAGAAACCCAAGGAUGAGGCUUUCCGGAGUCACUACAAGCCGGAACAGAUGGGUAAGGAUGGCAGGGGUUAUGUCCCAGCUACCAUCAAGAUGACUGUAGAAAGGGACCAGCCCCUUCCCACCCCAGAGCCCCAGAUGCCUGCCAUGGUGCCCUCUUAUGAUCUUGGAAUGACCCCUGAUCCUUCCGUGAACAUGCAGCUUGGCCAAGAUAGGAUGCCCCAAGUGUACCCCCCACAUUCUCAUUCCAUUCAACCUUAUCAAGGCCUCACCCAGGAAGAGUCAGUCACCGUGCUACCAGCCUUCCCAGAGCCUCACCUGCAGAUGCCCCCUCGGCUAAGCCAGAUAAACCUGCCUUUUGACCAGCCUCACCCUCAAGGCCUGUUGCCAUGCCAGUCUCAGGAGCAUGCUGUAGACAUGAGCAUGGAUGAAGACAGCUGCCUAAACCAGCCAGUGGCAAGAUACCCCCAGGGCACUUGGGUCGAUGAAGACAUGUUCCCUGUCCUGCUGCCUCCCACUGAACAAGACCUUACUAAGCUUCUCCUAGAAGGCCAAGGGGAGGCUGGGGGAGGGCCCUUGGGAGCCCAGCAACUCCUGCAACCCUCCCACUAUGGGCAAUCUGGGAUCUCUAUGUCCCACCUGGACCUAAGAGCCAAUCCCAGUUGGUGAUACCAGCUGGAGGGCGAGCCCAGUGAUAGCUCCCCUGUCUCCAUGGAUCUGCUCCAGAUAUCUGCUCACAGAGGUGCCUGCCAUCUCUAGCUGUUCCAGGAGGAAAAUACUUUGCUAGGGGAACAUCUGGUGGGGAGAGACAUUCUGCACCUUUCUUCCUUCCUACCACACACCACUGUCCCCUCUCUUAUACCACUGGAAGUCUGAGCUCUGAGUUGAGGCACGCCCUACCAUUCCUGCUCCUGCAGCACACACACUGCUGCCCACGGAGGAGGCUGAGAAGGGUAGCUGGACAAGAGCUCAGCGCAUGGAAGGCUUCGCCACUCACCCAGAGCCAAAGCCUGGGACAUACAUGCAGAUAUGUACACACAUUUGCACUAGAAACCAGGGACAAGAGUGGGGACCUGGGUGCCAGCUCUGGAGGCACAAGGAAGCAGUAUAGGGGAGACAUGUGAGGAGUCUGGAUGUGGUUACUGCUAGGGAUUUUGCCCAGAUUAACAAAAUGUUAAAUUCCCCCAAAGCUCAGAAUCUUGUCAGAUGGAGGAUCAGUACACAGCUGACAAUGUGGAGAAGUACAAGGGCUGAGCUUCUUUUGUGUAGCUGUGUGAAAAUGUGUAUACUCAAACCUACUGACGUGUAGAGGUGACAUUUGUUAUGACUAUAUAGAACAUGUGCCUAUUUGCUUUCACUUGUGUGAUAGCACAAAUUUGGAAAUGACACACUGCAUGGUACACAGCAAGUAUAGUAGCCUCUGGCAUAUGCUAACCCAGAUGUUGUUUUGAACGUGAUCAUACAUAGGUCAAUCUAUGUAGCAGUGACAUCUACAUGUGACUAUGGUUUUGGUGAUUCCCUACCCCCAGUGUUGCUCAAUCAGUAGGUGAAAGUGACAUCCAGGCUUCACUAUGUGGCCCUCUAGGUGUUGGGGGCUCUGCCCACUGCUUCUCUUUUAGUUCCCCAUCCACUGCCAGCUUCCCUCCACUUCCCCCACCCUAUGCCAACCAUUUUCCCUCUUACUAGGGGGUCAUGGAUCCUAAGCCAUAAAAUAAAUUUUAUUCCAAAAUAACAAAAUAAAUAAUCUACUGUACACGAUCUGAAAAGAAA